GCUGAAGGUAACUCGUAUUGGUUUGGACUCGAUAAUCUAAAUCAAGAGAUUUCGUUCCAAUGGAUUGAUGGCACUCCACUCUACAAUAAUACAUUUCCUGAUUGGUCGAAAGGUAAUGCAACCCUAUUCGAAAGAGAACGAUGUGUUCAUCAGCAGGUUGAAAAUGGAUGGAGAAAACUACCAUGUACAUCUUACCUCAGGUUCGCAUGUGAAAAGGCUCCGAGUCCGCGACAGAUCCUUCCUGUACGUCUAAUGGCAGCUACUCCAUCACCCUAUGGAGGAGGUCUGCAAGAUGCCACAUUUCUCUGUCUACUCGGCACAGAGAAUGAUGAGAUUCUCACAUUCUCUACCAGAAGACUCGUCCGUCUGACCGAGGAUAUAACUGCCGAUAGUUAUACAGCUCCAGGAGACAGCAUUGUUGUAUCAUCUGUAUUAUUAAGGCAGACUCUGCCAGCUACUAUGGAGGGCUUGGGAUUUUUCGAAUGUUCUUCAGUGACAGCCAGUAGAAUGACAUCUGUUCCUCUUGGCAUUCUUCUUUCUGCCCGUCAAUUCCAACCCAUUGAUGGUCGGUUUACAAAGACAAUACAUAUUGGAGAUGAUAUCACACUCAGUGUGAUGAGCACGACAGGGAUGGUCGGUGAAGACGGGGUAAGAUGGCGGAAAGUCACUGAUGUAGACUGGGCUAAUUCACUCAUUGGAACGAGUUCCAACAGUCUAUCACACACAAUUCAAUCUGCAUCUAUCGCAGACGGCGGUGUGUAUGUGACGUUCGUGGAUGGAACGUUGGAACAACAUCAAUUCAGCUUCAUUAGACUCAUCGUAAAGGAAUGCCCUUAUGGAAGAUGGAAUCCACCAUUAUGCGAUCGUUUGUGUGAUAAUUGUUAUAAUGGAGGCGUCUGCCAUGAACUCUCAGGAACAUGCAUCUGUCCUCCUGGCCAUGCUGGAAAGAACUGCCUCCAAGCAUGUGGGAUGCAUAAGUUUGGCUGGGACUGUGAGUUUGUAUGUGGAACAGGUCAGCCUCUGGACAAGUGUGCUGGAAGUCAGAUCUGUCUACCGGAUCCUUAUGGAUGUAACUGUUUAGCUGGAUAUACAGGAAUUUACUGCAAUGAAACAUGUUUAGUUGGUAUGUUCGGAGCUGAUUGUCUUCAAGAAUGUCACUGUAUUAAUGGAGCAGAUUGUGAUGACUUCACUGGGGAAUGUCCUGGAGAUUGCUUGCAAGAAUGGUCCGGACCAGCAUGUCAAGUUCCUUCUGUUUGCCCAAACGGAUACUUCGGGACUAACUGUACACAGAAUUGCAAUUGCAAGAAUGGUACAGCAUGCCAUAAAGAUUCUGGACACUGUGACGAGGUCCAAGGGCGGUGCGACUUUGGAUAUGUCACUGAAUCUGUCGAGUUUCCAGCCAACUGCAUGACAUGUAAAUGA